GCCGAACAGUUAGCGAUACUGGUAUCGUCGUUUCGUUAUUCUGCAACUGGGUUCAAGCAGCAAGUUGUAGGGACGCCGAGUCUCAAAUUCCUACGAUGGCGAUCCAGAAGAAGCAUGGAAAGGGCCGUCUUGACAAGUGGUACAGACUUGCUAAGGAGAAGGGCUAUCGUGCCCGCGCUGCCUUCAAGCUGAUCCAGCUGAACAAGAAAUAUGGCUUCUUGGAAAAGAGCAAGGUCUUGCUAGACCUUUGCGCAGCUCCCGGGUCAUGGUGUCAAGUCGCUGCUGAGACCAUGCCGGUCAGCAGCAUCAUUAUUGGAGUCGACCUUUCCCCGAUCAAGCCUAUUCCGAAGGUCAUUACUUUCCAAAGCGAUAUCACCACAGACAAGUGCCGCGCGACGAUUCGAUCGCACCUCAAGACGUGGAAGGCGGAUACUGUCCUCCACGACGGAGCCCCCAAUGUCGGCACAGCGUGGGUGCAGGAUUCCUUCAACCAGGCCGAGUUGACAUUGCAGGCGAUGAAACUAGCCACCGACUUUCUAAUUGAAGGGGGCACCUUCGUCACAAAGGUCUUCCGGUCCAAGGACUACAAUUCGCUGCUCUGGGUGUUCAACCAGCUGUUCACAAAGGUCGAGGCAACAAAACCACCCUCUUCCAGAAACGUCUCGGCCGAAAUCUUCGUCGUGUGUCGCGGUUUCAAGGCACCAAAGAAGAUCGACCCCCGGCUUCUCGAUCCCCGUUCCGUCUUCGCGGAGCUUGCUGAUCCGACACCGAACAACGAGGCGAAAGUGUACAACCCCGAGAUCAAGAAGAGGAAGCGAGAUGGUUACGAGGAGGGAGACUAUACCCAAUUCAAGGAAAUACCCGCCAGCGAGUUUAUACAGACGACGGAUCCUAUAGCGAUCUUGGGCCAGUAUAAUCGACUGACCUUUGACCAACCGAAGAACGGCGACGUGGCCUUGGCUGCACUAGACAAGAUGGAUGAGACCACGGACGACAUCCGUCUCUCCUGUGCCGAUCUCAAGGUCUUAGGCAGAAAGGAGUUCAAGCUCUUGCUGAAAUGGCGGUUGAAGGUCCGCGAGAUCUUCGGCUUCCCUACAAAGAAGACUGCCCAAGCUGCCGAGUCCGAGGAAGUGGCCGAAGUCGAGCCAAUGGACGAGGAGCUCAAGAUACAGAAAGAGCUCCAGGCCAUGAAGGACAGGGACAGCUCCAAGAAGAAGCGGGAGAAGCGCAGAGCAAACGAGCAGAAGCAAAGGGAAAUCGUUCGUAUGCAACUGAACAUGACCGCUCCCAUGGACAUCGGCAUGGAGCAGGCUGGGCCAAUCGGCGAAGGCGCCAUGUUCGCCCUCAAGUCGGUCGACGAGACGGAGGCCAUGAGCAGGCUGGCUCGGGGCAAGAUGGCCAUCAUAAACGAGGUCGAGGCGAGGAAAGACCGCGACAGUGGGAUCGGGACUUCCCCGGACUCGGACUCCGACGAAGCCGAAGACCGCCUGGAGACUGAACUCGAAAACAUGUACAAUGACUACAGGGAACGGAAGGCAGCGUCGGACGCCAAGUACCGUGCGAAGAGGGCAAGAGAGGAGCAUGAUGAUGAAUGGGAAGGACUGUCGGUCAGCGAACACGCUGUGAGCGACAACGAGGAGCUCGAGGAAGACAGCAGUGACGAUGAAUCCGACGAGGACGAGGGCCCGCUCGAAAAGAAGCCACUCCUACAGGACCUCGAUAAUGAGCCGUCCGAGUCUGGGGGGCUCUCCAAACGUGCGCGCAGAUUCUUCAACCAGGAUAUCUUCAAAGACAUGACAGACGUUCUUAGCGAAGAUGACGAAGAUGAGUUGGAGGGUCAUGACGGAAUCGAGGUGCCAGAAAAAUAUCCUGCAACGGGUCUAGAUGGGAUAGAGGAAGAGAUCGCGGCCGAAGAAGCAGACUCCGUUCCCGAGCCGGCUUCAAAGCAGAAGAAAAAGCAGAAGAAACAACAGAAGAAGAAGGUCUACGACUCUGAUGGGAGCGAAGAUGGGGAGAUCGAGAUCGUCAAGAAGGACAAGGUUGUCAAGAAGGACGACGACGAUGACGACGACGACUGGGAGGAGAAAGAGAAACGCCAGCACGAUGGUAGACCAGACAUCGACAUCAUCACCGCCGAGGCCAUGACCCUGGCCCACCAGCUCGCGACGGGACAGAAGAAGAGCCACGAUCUCAUAGACGACGGCUUCAACAAGCAUUCCCUCAAGGAUCGGGACGGGCUCCCGGAUUGGUUCAUCGAGGACGAGGCCAAGCACGACAAGCCCCACCGGCCGAUCACAAAGGCCGCGGCGAUGGCUAUCAAGGAGAAGUUGCGGGCCUACAACGCCCGCCCGAUCAAGAAGGUCAGGGAGGCGAAGGCAAGGCAUAAGCUCAGGGCGGCCCAGCGACUAGAGAAGAUGAAGAAGAAGAGCGACCUCGUGGCCAGCGACGAGGGCAUGACGGAGAGGGAGAAGGCCAGCAGCAUCACGAGGCUGAUGAGCAACGCGGCGAAGAAGAAGCCCCGCAAGGAAGUCAAGGUGGUUGUCGCGAGGGGCGCGAACCGCGGUAUCGCAGGCCGGCCGAGAGGCGUGAAGGGCAGGUAUAAGAUCGUGGAUCCCAGAAUGAGGAAGGAUAUGCGGGCCCUGAAGAGGGUCGCCGCGAAACACAAGAAGAGGUAGAGGGUAGAAUGGUAGAAGCGGGGGGUUCAAGAAGAACUUAAAAGUCACAGUCACACACAUAAGUUACGGUCUGUUCAGGCAGAGACAGGCCAUCCUUUAUUCCCUAUCCUGCUGGCCCGAGUAUACGGACCUAACGAAGUUGCCAAAUGGGUACAACGGCCCUGAGAAAUCCAUGUCAUACCUGAGUUCUCAGUCAGCUUGACUUGGGGCAAACGUAAAUUAGCAACAGACAUAUCUUACCAAUAAUUAACCGCCACACAAA